UGACACGGCGGUACACGGCGGUCGGAUGGUCCCGAUGGACCGCUUGUGGCCUGAAGACGGAGUGCUCACCUGUACUGCUGGUUCGAUGUCUGGGGAGCGCAUGACGGCGGAGCAGCAGGGGCAGGCGCCGCCCCCGCAGCCGGAGCAGUCGCCGUCGCACCAGCCGCAGCAGUCCUCGUGCGGGCUGGGCUCGCUGUUGUCGGCCGGCUGCCGCGGCCGCGCAGAGGCGUUCGCGCGCCGCCUCAGCCGCCGCCUGCAGACGCUGGGCAUGGGAGGCGGCGCGGGGGCGGCGUCCGCCGACGAGGAGCGACCCUUCUGGGCAGCGCCGCCCUCGCAGCCGCAACCACUGGCGCCGGUACAGGUGCAGCUGGGGCGCGUGCCCUCGGACACCGACGUCUUCUACGAUCCCGUGGACAGCCCUGUGGAAGUGGCGCCGCCUGCGGCUGUGGCAGCCCCACUGCAGACCUGUUCUUCAGACAGUGACAGCUCUGAGGUGCUGUUCUUCGACCCCGAGUCGAGCACGAGCAACUGCAGCAGCGCCGGCGAGGAUGAGGCGUACGCGGCGUACAACGGGCGCGCCGCCUCCUCCGGCUCGGAGUCGACGUCGACGUCGACGUCGACUUCGGACACGGGCACGCUGUCCGGCCUGUCCAGCAGCUCCUCCAGCGCCGUGCACGUUCAGCUGCCGGGGCACGCCAGCGCCAGCGACGAUAGCAGAUCGACCAGGACACCGAGUGAAGAGACCCGGUCGUCUCCUCGAUCGCAGUCGGCAAGCGACGACAGUCGACCCCUGAGCGAGCUGUCUGCGCUCGAACCGACGCCGAGCUCGUAUUCCACGAUAGAAGAUUCGGUCGCCACGGCAGAGUUUUCCGUCUUGGAGGACGGAGUGCCCCCUGAGUCGGACAGGCUGAAGGGGAUGCCAGAAGAGGAGGCGGAGGAGGCGCUGAGUGCAGUCGUGAGGCGGCUGGGACUCACCAACGGCGAAGCUGGACGCGGCGGGUGCGACUGCGUAGUGCGCCUCCAUAAUGGCAAGUGCGUCAUCCACCACAACAGUCUGCGUAACGGAAGAGACGCGUUGCACCACCGGCCCGGGAGCGAAGUCGACCGCCUCAAAGUCUCGGACCACCAGGAGGACAGUAACGGAGCGGCACUGAACGGAGAUUCGGAGACUGAAUACGAGAGGACAUUUGUGUCCGUCGACUUGCAGAUGAACUGUCAGUUAGACGCUGAAGCCGAAGCGCCGGUGGAAGAGGGAGGAGUUACGGACGACGACGGCCCGCGUGAGCGGAUUAGCGAGGAGAAGUCGGCAGAGAACCUGCGUGCACUGUGUGAAGAAGCCUCUGGGGAACGUGAGGAGAGGCACGAAGAGGCGACGAACGGUGUGUGCGUCGAAGCGGACGCCUCGCAGCAGGUGGAGUGCCGCAUCGUGGUGAGCCCCGAACCGGAGGACGAAGCGGAGGCGCAACAGGAGAAGGAACGGCCUCCCGUCAACGGCAGCGGCAGCGCCUCUAACGACGAGGACGACGACUCGCGGCCGCAGCGUGUCCGCCGCUGCUCGUCCCUAAAGAGCGGCAAGACUCCCCCUGGCACGCCGGGCCGCAAGAAGAUCGUGCGCUUCGCCGACGUUCUCGGCCUCGACCUGGCCGACGUGCGCACCUUCCUCGACGAGAUCCCCAAGAUCCCCAGCUCCGCCUACGACGACCUGCGCGACGUCGACCUGGGCACCUCGGCGCCCAGCUUCCUGCCGGCGCCGACGACGACUAUACUGGGAGAUUCCCAGCAGCAGUCGUUCGCGUUCCCCACCGCCCGCACGCUGGUGCCCCUGUUCCAGCAGCCUUGGACGCAGCCGGACUUCUUGGACCGUGUGCGCGACAGACAGGUGUGCCUGGAGAGCGCCACGCUGCAGGACCCGGCGCUGCUGUCGCUGAGCGGCGUGGUGCGCGUGCGCAACCUGGACUUCCACAAGUCGGUGCACGUGCGCUACACGAUGGACGGCUGGCGCACGUGGGCCGACGUGCAGGCGCGCUACGUGGACGGCUCGUGCGACGGCUUCUCGGACCGCUUUUCGUUCGUGGUGUACGCGGACGCGCUGCCCGCCGGCGGCCGCCUCGAGCUGGCCGUGCGCUUCCAGUGCCGCGGCGCGCAGUUCUGGGAUAGCAACGGCGGCGCCAACUACGCCUUCCAGUGCGUCGCCUCCGCCGCCGCCCCCGCGGUCGAGCCGCUGAGCCCCGUCGACGACCGCUGGCCGUCAUUCUACUAGCGGCCCCCGGCGUCGCGCCACCGCCUCCAAAGCGACGUCACGGCGCCGGCCGCUACCCGGCGAGACACCUAGCGGCGCGGCUCGCAACCCGCCCGCAAGGCUCCGCUACUCAGCAGCCUACAACUUCGUACAUAACCACCAUUGUAUACCCUCGCCUUCUGCUGUCACAUUUUAAGCCGAAUGUAAAGUAUUGUUGAGUUACUCUCAGCGUAACAAAAGUGAGAGUGGGACGCGUGCUAUGGCAACUGACAAAUUGAAUAAUCAUUCGGGAAGCGUUCCGCCAGAAAAUUCUUCGUGGUGUAACUUCAUUAGAAACUCAAUUAGUUUGAGGGCCUAAACAGCAGCAUCAGCUGUUUCCUAGUUAAUGCAAACGCUGCGUAAAAACGAAUAUUUAAUCAUCUCAAUGUGGAAAAAGUAUAACGAGAAUGCUAAUUCGACACGCUUAUUCAGCUCCGUACAAUUCUCAUAGAAACAGUAUCUGAACAGAAACAGAAGUUAUUGUGUUAUUCCCGAAACACCGAGAAAGAUUGAGAGUGGAUGGUACAUACGUGACAAGUAUCCCAUAUUCUAAGAUAAAUUAAUUGAUAGAAAGAUAUUUUUGCACAAAAGCGCGUGUUAGGCUGAUAUAUCAUUUUCGAAGAUAGUAUGUUUUAUGGCAAUCGGGAGAUCUAAAGCGCAUGAGAUACUAUGGUUGUGCGGCUGUGUGGGGAGAAGACGGAGAGAGG